AUGGCAAAAAGUGGGAGUAAAGUGUCCAGUCACAAGUACCCCUUUGUGGUUCAAAUUAACUCCGCCGACCACUUCUGUGGGGGGUCCCUGGUGGACUUGGACAAAGUGAUCACGGCCGCCCACUGUGUCUACAACAGCAACAGCAAACACUUCAGCCCUCCCUCCUCCCUCACUGUCAUCGCGGGUUCGCUUACACACAAGACGGAUGACGAAGGAGACUCGACUCAGAAGAGGAGUGUGGUUGGUAUUCAGACCCCUGAGGGUACAGAGUCCCCCUUCAGGACAGACCAGGACAUCGCCCUGCUCUUCCUCUCGGAACCCUUCCAGGAGACAGUCUACGUCAAGAAAAUAGGAACAACAUCUUACAUUACACUUGACGAUGAUCGCCCGUCAAACAAAAUAAUUGCAUUUAUUUCCUCAAAAAUGGUUUCUACUAUCCCUUCUAAAUUUCAACUGACAACCAUCUGUUCUGUGGCAGAAGAAGAUGACAGUGAAAUGGGGGGACUGGUGGUGGCUGGAAUGGGGUACAAACUGUGGGAUGUUAAAGUAGAUCAGAGUCAAUGGACCAGGGAUCCCUACUUAAAGGAAUUGCAUCUGAAGCACGUUGCAACACAAGAGUGUGUGAGUGCCAUGGGGGGCAGCAGUGAGUACAAGACAUGUACCAAUCAGAAGGCCAUCUUUUGCGUCAGACAGGAAGAGGGCAAGGGGGAUCGCACUUGUGGAGGUGACUCUGGCUCGACAGCCACCCGACUGAAGGGCAAGAGUGCCCACUGUGUGUUGGGGGUGUUGGCUCUGGGGGCCAUGUGUCCUACCACUGAGGACAAUGCAUAUCCCAUGCAGUACACCAGAAUCAACGAGUACAAACAGGAAAGAACAGAAACUGAAACAGAUCAAUUUAAUUUAACUACCGGUAUAACCUAG